AUGUCAAAAAAGGCUAGCGGUUCCGGAACUAAAAAAGGGAAGGGAGUAGAUGUGAGGAAAGAGAUAAAAGAGUUCAUUGAGGUGGAAUACACUGUUACAGAAGAUGUCGCGUCUUAUAAAACUUUUCUGAACAGACUGAGAACAAGCGUAGCCGCCAAAAAGAUAAACGAAAUCGACACUCUUCCGGCAGCUAGUGAAAACAAGUAUGUGAGAAUACAUUUGAGGUUUAUGGAUGCGGACGAGGUAAGCUGUCAUGUUUUCUUGAGAGCAUCGGACUUAUAUUUUAUUGGGUAUGAGAAUAAAGAUCAAAAAUUGGUAGCACUCCAACCCGAUAACACGAAGACACAGGAAGUCGAUGCUCAAUUUUCCACCCUUCCACCACCUCCCGUACCUCCUGCACAGCCCGCACCUCCUGUUCAAGUCGAAGAAUUGAGCUUCGGAGGUAACUACAACGGACUUGUGACAGUUUCCAAAAUCCAUGGAAGGAAUUGA